CUUCUUCAGUCAGUCAGGACCCGGCUUAUAUCCUUGCAGGUAAGUUCGGGCUGCUACCUUCCUCAGCACACUAGGCUGUUUGUAGUCGCUAUUACCUGAAAUUCCAUGGGUGACUGGGGUGACUGCCUGUAUUCAUCCACCACUACCUUCCAUUCUUUUAGUGUAAAGCUGACCAGCCUUAUCGCGCGCGUUACUUGUGAAUCUUCAUCUUUUUUCCACUUUCAACCCAUAGACAUUACCAUCUCUCACAGUGCCUUGACGGUACCUAAUAAACCCUUCAUUUCUUCGUACUAUAAUUGCGCCUUCUUCAACUUACUUAUGGUACGUUUGUUUCGCAAGUCGAACAAAUAUUUGUUGUAUCUUUGCCUUGUGAUCUCUAGGAUAGACUCGUCAAUAGCUGCUUUCCCAUACAUGUAUGUUAACAUGUCCGAUCUCGUGAUAGUCUUCCGCGCUCCGACGCCCGCGAUAUAAACAGGGUCACGAAGGCCAAGUGGUAAAGAAAGAAAGCCUCAGAUAUCGCUAGUGACUGAUGGCGCCAACCGGUGGACAACGCUCAUCAACAAGGCCGAACGGGGAUGCGAAAGUGUCAGAUGUUCAGGUUGCGGCAUCUAAUUCCACUCUAAAUACGUGGGUUGGUGGUCGUCGUCAACCGGCAUGGCUCGUCAACGCAAAGCCCGCCAAACCUACUCCUCGUCCUCCUCCACAGCCUCAGAAGCCACCUAUCAACCCCGAGACGACGAGCCCCAUCGUCACGGCUGCCCAGCCAGCCUCAGUUCCCGUCUCAGCCCCGGCAACAACUCCGGCCCCACCUCAACCUGAUCCUCCUUCAUCUCUACCAUCUCUACCAUCUCGUUCAUCUCACCCGCCUUUACAAACACAAACAUCGACUUCAGCCGCGCAUCCUGUUCUUCCUUCACCGGCUCCGAGUGACGAACCUAGUCCCGACGUGACCGAGCCUCAAAUAACGCACCCCGUAACUCAAGCCCGAUUUGUACUCGACAGCUCCACACAUGAUCACCACGAAGAACAAGUCCGAAUUCGAGAGUCUACCGUCCAUUCACGGGCAAGCUCGUGGCAGAGCAAAGAAGUGUCGAUACCCCCCCGGACAUUAACGCCUACAAGUAUGGCUCUUAAUACACCGCCCACACCCAACCUACCGCCGAUAAAUACCAAUAUCAAUCCAAAUAAUAAUAACACGACGAACAAUAUGGCGCCGAGGGAAGCGCCACAAUACCCGCCCGCGAAGAGGCGACGCGUCGGGAACCCCUCGCAGCAAUUCAUCGAGGCUAGUGGGGCGUCAAGACGCGUUCGAGAACGCAUGGCGAGCAUCGGUGGAGAGGAAAGCCUAGAGAUGCAGGUCGAGAGGCCUCGAUAUCAACUUUUACUCGAUGCUUGCAAUGAAGGCGAUUUGUUUUUUAUUGCGUUGCAUCAACUCUUUUGCGCUUGGGCAAUAAGUCAAGCUAGUGUUCAUCGAUUGUGUGAUGAAAACGUCCAUAAUCCGUCCCUCGUGGAUAAUGCGUUUGGUACCAUGGGCACGCUAUUAAAGAGUAACUCAAAGCUUCGUCAAGAUCAUCUCCAAUGGUUCGCAGGCUUCCCAGCGCCUCUCCAGGCUCUUCAGAAGAAUCCGUUAUAUCAGAACAUACUGAGGCAGGUGUUGAAUUUCCUUGUUUGCGUGGCCCACACAUGGAUGACAGUACAUCGUGACCACCAAGCGCACGGUUAUCCACUCCUCGUUAGCGAAAUGGUUGAAGGUUUCUUCCUCUUCUCCCCUAUUCUCCAGGGCAUUAUGUUCCGUGCCUCGAGGAGAAGCAUUGGAGUUCUUGAUGGACCUCUUGCCGUCGACAUGGAGACACUAUUCAGAGCAGACCAGAACAGACACCGUGACGCAGUCGGCUCAGUGGUACGACAGGCCCCAAGCGCGUAUUAUCAACACUACAAUACGUCCCUGAUUAAACAAUACCAAAGCAUGAUUGCGCAAAGCCGGCCUUCGGGGGUAAAUUAUCAAGGCAUGCAACACUUUAGUCCUUCCGGAUCACCCACCAUUCCGCAAACAGGCAUACAUCAUCCUCUGGCGCAACCGCAGGUGCACCAUCAAAUGUCGCGAAAUCCCAGCCAGGCCAGCGGGUUCCAACCUGGUCUGAUCAAUUCAGACGCGGCAUUUGGAAAUAUGACUUUAUAUUCACAAUCUCCAGUCAAUACUCCGCCAGCUAUGUCUAGCCCGUCGCCGGCCGCUGAGGGUAUGAUGUUUCCAGCACAAUUUGUUGCUCCUUCUGCUCAGUCUAUGCCGAGCAGCCCGGCAACAAUGGCACCUUUACCUUCUACGUUACCGUCUCAGCCGGUCAAUCAACAACCAUGUUUUAAUCAACAGAGUACCGAAGCGGGCGUUCCCCCUGUGCAGUUUAUUCAACAACAGAAAGAGUUGCAACAACGACAGAUGCAACAACAGAUACAACAUCAACAACAAAUGCAAUUGCAAUUUGCCCAACAAAGCCCUCAUUUGCCUCCGACAUCUCCACAUCUCGCUCCCAACGCGAUGGGACCUGGUCGAAGUCAAAACCGUCCAAUGCAGCCCAUCUGUCGCCAACCUCAAGGACAACAAAAUUCCGGUGGACAUCCAGGAUCAUUUGUGCAACGCGCACCUAAUACCAGAAUUCAAGUCCCCAAUACUCCUGGAUUCACUCCUAAUGCGCCUCCUACCCCACAGCUCGUGGGUCAGCAAGCUCAUUUCAUGAAUCAGUAUCAAGGUCCUAGCGUUCAUGCGCAACCGCCCCAGAACCCUCAGUUGCAACUCAAGGGUGUUCCAGUCCCUCCUGAUCGAAUUAGGUUUGUUCCCUCUCCAAAUAUGCACAUCCCCGUGCGAGACUAUCCGCAUAGCCCUUACGAUAGGCAUUCGAUCGAGACUUCCCUUCAUCAAGUUAAUGUCAGAAGCCCAAAGAGAAUCCCACUGGAUUUGGGGUUACCAAGGUCGGAAAGAUACUACCAAGCCGUUAAGUGCUUUGCGCUGUCUCCCGUCGCCAUCCCGCCUCAUCCACACUUGUACAACUUCACGUUCACCAUAUCGGAAUCUGAUCAUGCUAAGAUCACUCGAAACGAGAUGAUUCCGAGCGAGAUUUAUCCAGUAAAUUUGUUCUCUAGCGGAUCUCUACGUGUUCGUGUACGAUGCUGUUACAGGAAGAAGGCAUCGCCUGCCUUUUCUGAAACCACCUGGGUUACUGCCGAUACGAAAUGGCCUGAGCAUAUGUUCAUGGAGGUAAACCAAAAUACACUAACUAUUAUGCGAGGAGCACAUUACGCCAAGGAUACACCCGCUGAAGCCUCGUCAUUUGUUAUGCCCGGUGAGAAUUCUCUGAGCUUUUACUCACCUAAGCCAGAGCAAGGCCACGAUCCUCAAGGUCCAGAACCCUGUCUAGCGGUUGAGAUUGUGGAAACCCUCAGCCAUAGUGCUGUUCUCGAAAUGGUCCGGGCAUACGAGAACAUUCCAGCGAGCGUAACCCGCGAAAUUAUCGGAAAUCGCCUACGCGGAACAUCAAGCAGCGAUGUCGACAAUGACGAGCUUGCAAUGGUUGACUACUUAUCUAUCGAUCUUGCAGAUCCGUUCGUUUGUUCUAUCUUCAAGAUUCCUGUCCGUGGGGCGGCUUGUACGCAUCUGGAGUGCUUUGAUCUCGAAACGUGGCUCAACACCCGACUUAGCAAAAAGUCGUGCCAUUGCCCCAACCCAUCCAGUUGCGCUAAUUGCCCUAACGAGCCGUCUUUCGUAGACAAGUGGAAAUGUCCACUAUGUGAUGGUGAUGCUCGUCCCUACAGUCUUCGUAUCGACGCGUUUCUCGUUGAAGUGCGCUCCCAGUUGGAGAGUGAUAAUAAGCUUCGUACUAAGUCAAUUCUCGUUUCCGCGGACGGAACUUGGAAACCAAAGGAGGAGCCAGAUGACGACGAUAGUGACGUUGACAGUGAGGAAGAAACCAAAUUUGACCCAAGCAAAAAGCCGUCCACAGCAUCAAGCACCCCCUUCCAACGCGAGAAACCGGUGAUUGAAGUCAUCGAGCUUGAUUAAUCCGGAACAACCAAUGGUCUCAUAAAAAGAUCGCGUAUAAGCCAUGAGCAAAACAGCAGUUCAUUACAAAAAUUCGCCCCAGGAACGGGCCAACAUAUAUCAUAGCACGACCGUAUCUGC